AUGCCCCCCAUCGGAAUGAAUGCUCGCGCACACGCUCGUGUAUAUGAGAAAGUGGCGGAGCAAAGGGCAAGGGGGAUCCCGGUGCCCAAGAGGGGGAGGAGGCUCCUCAGCCUCCGCAUCAAGGGGGAAGUGAGGGAGGAGUGGCGAACAUGGCUUGCCGACCCGAGGCGAGCAGGCCAGAGGACGAUACAAGCCAUUCUCCUUCACUUAGACGAGUGGGUAGAACGCUCAUGGACACGGGCGUCCUACAGGACAACGCAGGUGCUCACCGGGCAUGGAUGCUUUGGUGAGUACCUGCAGAGAAUGCAGAGGGAACCCGAUCCACGGUGCCACCACUGUGAUGAGGAGAGGGACACGGCGCAACACACGCUGGACAGCUGCCCAGCGUGGGACGAGGAGCGCCGUGUCCUCAUAAACGUAAUAGGAGGAGACCUCUCGCUGCCGGCGGUGGUAAAGGCCGUCACGGAGCGGGAGGAGGCCUGGGAGGCUUUUGCGCUCUACUGCGAACGGGUAAUGCAGCAGAAAGAGCAGGCGGAGAGGAAAAGGAGGGGAGAGGUCGUUCCUCCGGACCCCCAGCCUGGAGGGAACAACAGCCAGCGAGGAGGACAACGUAGGAGAGUCCCCCGCGGCAUACCGGCGCACUUGCGAAAGUGGUAG